AGAGCGGGUGAAAUAACAAAUCAACCAAGAAGGAACGUCAAUCUAAUGCCAAACAAAAAGGACUGCUGACUGUGAGUUGUAGAAUGUGCGAUAUAAAAGGAUAUACAAGGGUGUGUGGGUAUGCCAGCAGCAGAAUGAGUGGAACAUGAGGUACCCUGAGAACUGCACUGUGUGUCAUCACUUUACAUCACGUAUGAGUUACCAGUGAGUGGGGAGUGAUAUUCAAAAAUAUUUAAAAAAAAAUGGAGAGUUCUGAUCUGGGCAGAGAAAAUGUCACCCCGCCCUCAAAAAAACGUAAACUUCAGGAGAAGUUAUCAGACUCAACACCACCCAGCUGUGUCUCCAUGAAGAGUGAUCAGUCUAUGGAAGUUCCUUGGAACUUUAAAAAUGGAAAUCUCUCAUCUAUUCACAGUAAACUUCAAGGGAAGAUAUCAGACUCACCACCGCCCAGCUGUCUCUCCAUGAAGAGUAUUCAGUCUAUGGAUCUUCCUUGGAACUUUAAAAAUGGAAAUAUCUCCUCUAUUCCCAGACACGACCCAGAAUCUGCUGCUGUAAAUAAAUUCCAGAAGACGUUCAGAUUAAAUCUGAUGAAGAAGUUUGAGUGUGUAAAUGGAGUGAUAAUAAAUCAGAAAAACCGAACACUCCUGAAUGAGAUCUACACAGAGCUCUACAUCACAGAGGGAGACAGUGGAGACGUCAAUAAAGAACAUGAGGUGAGACAAAUCGAGGAAGCAUCCAGGAGAAUAACAACAGAGGAAACACCAAUCAAAUGCAAUGACAUCUUUAAGUUCAUAUCUGAUCAAGACAAACCCAUCAGAACUGUGCUGACAAAGGGAGUCGCUGGCAUCGGAAAAACAGUCUCUGUGCAGAAGUUUAUUCUGGACUGGGUUGAAGAGAAAGCAAAUCAGGAUGUCCCCCUCAUAUUUCCACUUCCUUUCAGAGAGCUGAAUCUGAUGAAGGACCAGAAACUGAGUCUGAUGGAGCUCCUUCAUGUCUGUUUUAAGGAAACAAAAGAAACAGAAAUGUCCAGUUUGGAAAAGGUUCUGUUCAUUCUUGAUGGAUUGGACGAGUGUCGUUUCUCUCUGGAUUUCCAGAACACAGUGAGUGUGUGUGAUGUAACUGAAUCAGCAUCAGUGCCUGUGCUGCUGAUAAACCUGAUCAAAGGAAAUCUGCUUCCCUCUGCACUCAUCUGGAUCACCUCCCGACCUGCAGCAGCAGAUCAAAUCCCCUCUGAGUGUGUCGAUCGAUUCACAGAGGUACGAGGGUUCAAUGACCCACAGAAGGAGGAGUACUUCAGGAAGAGGAUCAGUGAUCAGAGCCUGGCCAAUGACAUCAUCACACACCUGAAGUCAUUAAGAAGCCUCUACAUCAUGUGUCACAUCCCAGUCUUCUGCUGGAUUUCAGCCGCUGUUCUAGAGAGAAUGUUGGGUGAAGCAGAGAGUGGAGAGAAACCCAAGACUCUGACUCAAAUGUACACACACUUCCUCAUCAUUCAGAUAAACAUCAUAAGAGAAAAGUACUCAGAGAAGCAGGAGAGUGAUGAAGAAAUGCUUCUCAAACUGGGACGACUGGCUUUUCAGCAGCUGGAGAAACACAACCUGAUCUUCUAUGAGGAAGACCUGAGAGAGUGUGGCAUUGAUGUGAGAGAAGCAGCAGUGUACUCAGGUGUGUGUACGCAGAUCUUCAAAGAGGAGUGUGGGCUUCACCAGAGUAAAGUGUACUGCUUUAUUCAUCUGAGUAUUCAGGAGCAUCUCGCAGCUCUGUAUGUGCACCUGAUGUUCAUGAGGGAAAAAAGAAAUGUUCUACAACCAAGUCAGUCCUUAAAUACCAUCUCAGAUGUUCACAUUAAUGCUAUAGAUCAGGCCUUAGAAAGUCAAACAGGACACUUGGAUCUUUUCCUUCGCUUUCUUCUGGGUCUCUCACUGAAAUCCAACCAGAAUAUUUUACAUGACUUGGUAACAGGAAGUAGCUCUCAGAGCCAAGAAAGAAUCAUUCAGUACAUUAAAAGCGUCAUUAGUAAGAAUCCCCCUAAAGAGAAAUCUAUCAAUCUGUUCCACUGUCUGAAUGAACUGGGUGAUGAUUCUUUAGUGGAGGAAAUCCAAGACUACCUGAAAUCUGGAAAACAAAGAAAACUCUCUCCUUCACAGUGGUCUGCUCUGGUGUUUGUGUUACUGACAUCAGCAGAGGAUCUGGAGGAAUUUGACCUGAAUAAAUAUAUCAGUCCAGAGAAGAUAACAGAUUUAGUUCUUCUGAAGGUGAUGCCUGUGAUUGCAGCAUCCAGAAAAGCAAUCAUUCAGCAUGUAACAUUUAAAGAGAAAACGUGUGCAGCGUUGGCCUCUGUGCUCAGCUCUGAAUCCUCCCACCUAAGAGAACUGGACCUGUCUGAGAGUAAUCUAGGAGACUCAGGAGUGAAGUGUAUCUCUUCUGCACUGGGUAAUCCUCACUGUAAACUGGAAACCCUGAGGUUGGUGUUCUGUCGCAUUUCAGAUGAAGGCUGUGCUGCUCUGAGUUCAGCUCUGAGAUCAAACCCCUCACACCUGAGAGAACUGGAUCUGACCUAUAAUAAUCUAGGAGACUCAGGAGUGAAGUGUGUCUCUGCUGUACUGGAGAAUCCUGACUGUAAACUGGAGACACUGAGGUUGCAGUAUUGUGGUGUCUCAGAUGAAGGCUGUGCUGCCCUCGCUUCAGCUCUGAGAUCAAACCCCUCACACCUGAGAGAACUGGAUCUGUCUGGGAAUAAAAUAGGAGACUCAGGACUGAAGUGUCUCUCUGCCCUUAGGGACGAUGAACAUUACAAGCUACAGACACUGAGGGUGUGAUUAGCUUGUCUCUGUCUGUGUGAUGAAGUCUCCAGUGUUCCUGCAUUUCCAUGUUGGAGAACAGACAACAUAUUUACAUGCUCAUCACUCUGUAACAUAUUAAUCUAAAAAAGACUACGUGAAAAGUACUACGAUGAGAUGAGAAGUUCAUCAUGCUCAGUCAAAGUUCAUCAUGCUCAGCUGCACAUGAUUCUACACUGAGGCUGUACAGCAUCCAGACAUGAGGACUGAACGGCUGGGAUGGAGACACUUUGUUAAACAUAACUCCUAGUAAAAAAACAUGCUCUCAACAUGACAGCUACGCCUGCUCGAAUUGUGGCACCAUUAUAAAACUACAACAAUGUAUAUAAACAGACUAAAAGAAGGUACAUUCUGACUACCUGGUUCACUCUUGGCAGAAACAACAUUCAUUGCCAAUUAUUUGCAAUAGCUGGCAAUGAGUCCUUCACUUUGCUUUGCAGAAUUGUUUUAAUUCAGCCACAUUGUAGGGGUUUUCAAGCAUCAACGACCUAUUUAAGAAUCUCAAUCUCAAAGAGAUAUGGCCACCCACCUAUACUGAAAUGCUAAGCAAGGUGAGCAUUAAUUAGAGAGGUAGCCAAGAGGCCCAUGGUAACUCUGGAGGAGCUGCAGAGAUCCACAGAUCCAAAGGACAACUAUUAGAGAGUGGCAAGAGGAAAGGCAUGCAAACAUGUAGAAGAAAGUGCUCUGGUCAGAUGAAAACCAAAAUUUUACUUUUUGGCCUAAAUGCAAAACACCAUGUGUGGAAAACUAACACUGUGCAUGGUGGUGGCAGCAUCAUGUUGUUGGAAUGUUUUUUUUUUUUUUUGUCAGCAGGGACGGAAGCUGGUCAGAAUUAAUGGAAAGAUGGAUGGAGCCAAAUACAGGGCAAUCUUAGAAGAAAACCUGUUAAAGUCUGAAAAAACUUCACUUUUGUUAUUGCUGCAUAAUUCAUGAAAGGGAGCCCUGACCCUGACUGCUGUACAUGUUCAUACUUUUCAGUAAUCCAACAUUUGUGUUAAAAUCUUUUUUUUAAGUUAUAUUCUAAUUUUUUCUGAGAUUGAGAAUUGUGAUUUCGUUACCUGUAAACCAUAAUUAUUAAAAUAAAAUAAAAAAUAAAAAAACUUUG